UGUGAUCUCUCUGCUCAAUCACUCGCAUUUAAUAAAUAGUUGUCACUCCUCUCAACAGAGUUAUUCCUACUAGUAAAAGUUUUAGCUCAGAUCUAAUCUCAAUGGAAAAAUAUGAGCGACUAAGUGAAGAAGAAACUUAUUGGUGGAUACCAUUUAAGUUCCUCGACCAAACCCUUAAAGCUAUCUUUAAGUGCCUUGGUCUUCUUCAUCAUGAAUCCCCAUCUACGAAAACGGAGUCGUCUCCGGUGACUUCAACCCAGCCGUUACAGCAGGAAGAAGAAGAGGAGGAGGAAGAUGUUGUGAUGGAAGAAAACGUCAUUAUAACCAGUAGGGGGAGUAAAACCAUUGCGACGAGUAGAGGCACAAAGUUGAAAGCAAAGACAAAGAAGAAGGAACAGAAAAGCUCGGGCCGGUCUGGCCAACAUCAUAAAUACGAUCUUUAGCUCAUUUUAUUUGCAUUCUAAUGUGUUCUAUUUACGGUGCACUCAGUGUUAUUUACGAAGUACAACGUAACAUCAUUGUUAUUUGUAUUUGUGUUUAAUGAUAUUAAGUACUUAUGCUA